AUGAAGUCUUGGUCAGUGGAUGACUGGAGGAAGUAUUUUGGGUCGGCGAAUUCGAAUAUAUUUGACAUAAUUGAGAACGCGAUAAUCGUGGCGGCUUCGGAUUGUCCGAAGGAGUUUAGAGUGAAGAGGGAUACGAUUGCGGAGAGGCUGUUCUCUUCCAAGUUGACUCGCUGUGUGGGGUGUGAUCGUGUGGAGUUGGCUGUGAGUGGAGUUGGUAAAGAGAUUGAUGACGGCAAUUGCAAGAAUGGGGUUGACACAGAUGGGGGUGAGUUAGCUGGGGCAAGCAAAGAGAGCGAGGUCAAUGAUGGUGGAGAUGGGAAUGCUGAGAUUGAUGUGAACGGUGUUAGCAACUAUAGUUUUGGCGAGGCGGAGGCAUUAACUGAUGAAAUAGAUGAAGAGACUCAGUAUUUAGGCGAGAUUUUGAGGAUCAAAGAUGUUCUGCUUAACCGUGAAGAGUCUGACUCUGUGAUAUUUGAAUCGUUGAGGAGGCUUCAACUGAUGGAGCUCAGCAUGGAUUGUCUGAAGGCAACUGAGAUCGGAAAGGCUGUUAAUCCUCUCCGAAAACGCCGAUCAGAGGAUAUUCGUCUACUUGCACAGACACUUAUCGAUGGCUGGAAACAAAUGGUUGAUGAAUGGGUGAUUGCCACUACUACCACAGCUAUUGCAGCUUCAGAUGAAGGCACACCAGAUUCAGUUAAUCCAUCUGUUGUUGAUGAUGAAGAAGAAGGACUUCCAUCACCACCUAUGGAUGAAGGGGCUUUCUUUGUUGCUCCAACUGGUUCCAUAAAACUUUCAGAGUUCUUUGAUGGCAUGGACGAUGAUGGAAAUCCUCGACCAAGUGGCCCAUCCCACAAGAACCGUGACAAUAAUGGCAGAAAGCCAACCAUCCCUAACAGGGAGAUUAAGAGUCAACAAGCAAAGAAAAAUGAGACUGCUGUGCCUGUGAGGCCAAUUAAGCCAGUAGCCACUGAUUCUGGCCGUGGCAAACCCCCUCUAUCAAAAAUGCAGGGGAAGAGUAAUGUGGAGCCAAAGAUGCAGCAAAGAAUAGAGAACAAUUCAAUGACAAGGAGACCUCCCAGUGGUCAACUGGAUAAAUCCAUGCAUUCAGAUGAUGUGGCUACCCAACAAAAACUAGAAGCCACCAAGAGAAAACUUCAAGAAAGUUAUCAACAAGCUGAAAAUGCCAAGAGGCAGAGAACAAUACAAGUUAUGGAAAUAAAUGAUCUCCCCAAACAUGUUGUCCACCGAAAUCCACAUCAGAAGCCCGGUUAUCACAAUAGGAACCGGCCUUAUACUCGAAGAUAG